GCCGUAGCUCAUGCAUAGAAAGAAAAAGAAGGGGGUAGCUAGUCACCUUUGUCCCAAAAAAGGUCACCAACCCAUUAUCACCCCGCCGCCUAUCGUUGAGUUUGAGGGACAGGCGUCGAGCGUCGAGAUGGCGACCGCCGCCACGACGGGCAGCGCGCUGAGCAUGAAGCUGCUGGUGGACACCAAGGCGCAGCGCGUGCUGUUCGCGGAGGCGAGCAAGGACGUGGUGGACUUCCUCUUCUCCCUCCUCGCCCUGCCGGUCGGCACCGCCGUGAAGCUGCUCGGGAAGGACUCCAUGGUCGGCUGCGUCGGCAACCUCUACGGGAGCGUGGAGAAGCUGGACGGCACCUACGUCCAGCCCGGCGCGGCCAAGGACGCGCUUCUUUACCCCGUCGUGCUCUGCCCGGGCGCCGCUGGCACCAACAUGCUAGGCUUGCCGGAGGCCACCUCUGGCGGGCAGCCCAAGGCGCUCUACAAGUGCAGCCGCUGCAACAACAGCUUCGUGUCGGAGACUAGCAGCACCAACUGCCCCUCGUGCGGCUACAAGAUGACCACGGCGUUGCGGUUCGUGUCAGGAUCCUGGGGCCAGACGGCUCAGGCGGCGGCCGGCGUCGUCUGUGGGAAAGGGUUCGUGCAGGGCAUCGUGACGUACACGGUGAUGGACGACCUCAGCGUGAACCCCAUGUCAUCCAUCUCCAGCAUCGCGCUGCUCAACGCCUUCGCCGUCAAGGACCUCGGCGCGCUCCAGGAGAAGACCGUGCAGCUCGGCUACAAGGAGGGUCUGGCGAUUCUCAGGGCGUCGCUGCAGUCCAAGACCGUCCUCACCGACGUCUUCCUCGCCAAGACGCAACUCCCAGGCCGCGCUUGAACACCCGGUUGCCUGGUUUGCCAUCGGAACAAAACUAAGUAGUUGUAGAUCUUACCAGAUAGCACUAGCAGCGUAGCUUUAAUUAGGUCGUUGGGUUUGUGUACGUGAUGCAUGCUUGCAUGUUGUGCAAGUUUCGUUGGCGCUGCCACCUUUACUUAAUGUUUUGUCUAAUGUACUAUAAAUAUGUAAUGUACGCCGGACACCGCGCCUACCAGCUAGUGGCCUAAUGAAACGUGUAUGUA